AUGGAAACUUAUCACGACGAGUCGUCCUAUAUCUAUGAAGAGCACGACGAUCCCCGAUGCAAUGGCUGCAUGAAACCUAUCGAAGACGGCUCUGUUGUCCAAUUUGGUGAAGGCAUCUGGCAUUUCGAAUGCUUCCGAUGCGCUAAAUGUCACAAGCUCGUCGAGUGUUACAGCAAUCUACUUCUACUCAGAGAUGGAAGCCCCAUAUGCGAGGAUUGUUCGUACAGCUGUCAUGCAUGUCGCAAAGCAAUCAAGGACGAAGCUAUCAUGACUGGUGAGGAGGCCUAUCACGCAGAUUGUUUCCGCUGUACACAAUGCAAUAUAAAGAUAGAGGAUCUUGUAUUUACCCAGACCAGCAAGGGCAUUUUCUGUACCUCUUGUCAUGAGAUGAGAAAACAAAUGCGCCAGAAACGAAAGGAAGAACGACUCUUGCAGCAACAACUUCUUCAACAGCAACAACAACUCGUAAAUGAGACUCACCCUAUUCCACGCAACAACGCCCCGUCUCAUCGUGAUCAGCAACAGAAAUCCACUCUCAAUCGAGGAGGAUCACUUGAUUCACACUUACGACCUGCCAAAGAACGACGAGGUGGCGUAUUUGAUGGCGACCCACGUAUCGAUCAUAUCAACCAUAGCAACGCUCCCACUCCAAUUCCACAACCCCAUGUAUCGACAACAAAGACCACUAUCUUGAGUUCACAAGAGUUGUCUGAGCUCAAUCAAAUGUUGAGUAUUUCAUCUGAUACGGACGAUGCAUCACCUGAGAAUAUCCCCAGCCCUCCAAGAACACGAGGAUCAACAUCGCCUUCAUCUGAAGUCACCUUUCAAUCGACCAACAGCAACGAUGAUAUCGAAGCCGUUGAGCUACCAGCAUCAGAUGGCAAUCCUACACAAGCAUUACGGAUAGCACAAUUGGAAAAGGAGCUUCAGAGUACUCGUAGCCAACUUAAGGAAGUGGAUACCAAAUUUAGCAAGAUCAAGGCAAUUAGCAGGAAAGCUUUGGAUGAGAUCCACACUGUCAAGGAGAAUUAUGAUAGCGAGGUUGCUGCACGACAAGCUGCUGAAUCCCAUACUGCACGCUUGAAAGCUGAGCUGUUGGUCUAUCAUCAAUCUGCCCUCUUUGGUACUAGCGAAGCCAUGAAGAUCUCUCGUGAAGAAAUCACACAAUUGAGCCAUACCAAAGCUGACUUGGAAAGAACGUGCAAUGAGUUACGGGUACAGCGGGAUACAUUGGUAUCGGAAAUAUCCAAUACAACCUUGAGUCAUUUAUCCUCUGAACGUGCUUAUCGUGCCUGUCAGCAGCAAUUACGAUCGAUUCAAUCUGAUAUUGAUGCAGCCAACGACAGCUAUUCACGAUUAUCCAAAUCACGGGACGAUAUCAUUGCCGAGAUGAUUAUGCUCAACACAAAGAACGCCCAAUUGACCGAACUCAACAAUGAUCUAUCACGACGAGUGACGGAGCGUGAACGUGAAGCAUUAGCGUUAAUGGCAGGCACCAACUUUGUGACCAACGACAAUGACAACAAUAAGCCAAAGUCUCAGCAUUCGAGUCAAGAUUUGUCUAGCGACAUUGUUGUAUCAUUGGAACGCAAAUCAUCCGAUCACCAAAACGUACGAAAGGUGGCUCAACGUGAUAGCAUCAGCAAAGCCGAUCCACCCAAGAUGUUCAAGUUUCGGCGUAACAAAGGUGGCAAUGUAUUUGGACGACGUAACCACAACAAUACCAAAAAGAGCGAAGAUGAGACAGUGAUUGGUGUACCCUAUGAUGCAAACAGCAGCCGUCCAUUGAAUCCAGCACCCACUGACGGCAGCACGCAAAAGCACAAGACAAGCUCUGAAUCUGUCAAAGAAUUGCAGGAUCAAGCGAUGCGUAUUCGUAACCAAGGACACAACUUUUCACACACUCGCUUCUUACGACCCAACAAGUGCGAGAUUUGCAAUGAAAAGAUAUGGCGUGUCAGCGAAUUGAAAUGCCAAGAUUGUGGUUAUGUGUGUCACAUUCGAUGUAUGCAUCAUGUCACUGCCGCAUGCUCAGCUGAGAAUGGCACCGCAUCAUCUCCGCAAAAGACAAUGUUUGGUAACGACCUUGCUGACCAAGUACGAUUGGAGAAUGGCAAUGUCCCCUUGGUUGUACAAAAGUGUAUUGAAGCUGUUGAGACACGAGGCAUGGAUUUCGAAGGCAUCUAUCGUAAAUCGGGCGCUGCUGGUCAGAUGAAGCUUAUCCAACAAGCAUUUGAGAAUGGAGACGAAUCCUGUAACUUGUGCGACGAAGACCAAUGGAACGACAUUUGUGCUAUUACAAGCGUCUUGAAGCAAUAUUUCCGCGAUUUACCCAAUCCACUCUUCACCUAUGAAUAUCAUUCUAAAUUCAUGGAAGCUGCCCAGGGAGCUGGUGACCAGCAACUUGGCAUGUUCCAAAAAGCCAUCCACUCAUUACCUUCCGAAAACUACAACACGCUAAAGUACUUGAUGAAUCAUCUUGAUAGAAUUCAACAACGACAUCACGAGAAUUUGAUGACGACCAAGAACCUUGCCGUUAUCUUUGGACCGACGUUGAUGCGACAUCGAGAUGAAAGCCGAGACCUUGUUGAUAUGAACCACAAGAUUAAUGCUAUCGAAUAUAUAUUACGCAACGCCUCUACUCUCUUCAUUGAUCCAUCUCCCAACCAACAAAAUCGAUCCUCUCCGCUCCCUACUUCAAUUCGACGCAAUUCCCUUACAGCUCCUCCCACGCGCAAACAGCAUCGCCGCGAAUUCUCCACUGAUGAUAUCCUUCGUUCUAUCCCUCCUGCACUACCACCACGAGAAAACGCUGGCUACAUUUGA